AACUUUUGUUGCCAUAACCACAUUUUGGUAGUCUUAGAAGAAAGCGUUUAUACAUCACGUGUGACGCAUUUGUUCGUGAAUAAUUUUUAAGUGAGCAAGUUUUUUUUUCAACGUGAGUGUCCAUUUGAAGGAAACACAUUUUAACAUACUGACGUUUUUCACCAUUUUAGAAGACUGUGCUGUGUCGAGCUAAAACUUGUGACUGCCAUGGUAUAACAAAGAACGUUUCUAGGCGAAGUGUUGACAGGAAACGUUUACAAGCCCCCUAGUGUACAGGCAUGGGGUAAUGUCUAAACACAAAGGAAGAUGAUCGUCAGUACUUAUAUUUUGUGAAGUGAAAUGAAUCUAUAACAUCGUAAAAGAUUUGAACUGAGUGUAGCUGCAGCCAUGGCUGAAGUGGAUCCAGAAACGUUGCUGGAGUGGCUGAAGAUGGGGCAGGGAGAUGAACGGGACAUGCAGCUCAUUGCCCUGGAACAGCUCUGUAUGUUGCUCCUCAUGUCAGACAAUGUGGACCGCUGCUUUGAGAGCUGUCCACCCCGAUCGUUCCUGCCAGCGUUGUGCCAGAUAUUUUUGGAUGAGUGCGCGCCAGAUAACGUGCUAGAAGUGACGGCACGUGCCAUCACGUACUACCUGGAUGUUAGCGCUGAAUGCACCCGGCGCAUUGUGGCCAUGGAUGGUGCAGUCAAGGCUAUCUGCAACCGGCUUGUGGUGGCUGAGGUGGCAUCUCGCACCAGUCGCGACUUGGCUGAGCAGUGCAUUAAGGUUCUGGAGCUGAUCUGCUCCCGUGAGGCAGGUGCUGUAUUUGAAGCAGGCGGACUAGCCUGUGUGCUCUCAUUUAUACGGGACUAUGCUUCACGUGUACACAAGGACACCCUUCACUCGGCGAUGACAGUUGUGUCACGACUCUGUACUAAGAUGGAGCCAGCAGACCCCACACUGCCAGCCUGUGUACAGGCACUGUCCACUCUUCUACGCCACGAAGAUUCCCACGUAGCCGAUGGUGCGCUCAGAUGCUUCGCCUCACUCUCCGAUAGAUUCACUAGACGAGGAGUUGACCCAGCACCUCUGGCUGAACAUGGGCUUGUGUCUGAGCUGCUCACUCGCCUAUCCAAUGCAGCUGGUCCUGCUCAAGCCACCGUAUCUGGACCAAGUACCCCUGGAGCCAAUACCAGCACAUCGGCACCUGAGACCAAGUCUCCAGCCUCUGUCUCUACUAUCAUCAGUCUAUUAUCCACGUUGUGUAGAGGCUCUCCUAGCAUCACCCAUGACCUUCUGAGAUCAGAGUUACCGGACGCAAUAGAGAAGGCGUUGAAAGGAGAUGAAAGAUGUUCUCUUGAUACCAUGAGGCUGGUGGAUUUGCUUCUGGUUCUGCUGUUUGAGGGCCGCAAAGCUCUGUCCCGAGGUGCCAGUGGAGGAGGUAGUAGUGGUCAACUAUUGCCGAGACUUCGGCGAAUGGAUUCAGCCGGAGAGAAAACUCACAGACAGCUGAUUGACUGCAUCCGAAGCAAGGACACAGAUGCACUUAUUGAGGCCAUUGACACUGGAAUUGAAGUCAACUUCAUGGAUGAUGUUGGACAAACAUUGCUCAACUGGGCUUCAGCUUUUGGCACUCAAGAAAUGGUGGAGUUUUUGUGUGAGCGUGGUGCAGAUGUUAACAAAGGUCAGAGAUCUUCGUCGCUGCACUACGCUGCAUGUUUUGGGCGGCCAGCCAUCGCCAAGGUGCUGCUGCGGCAUGGCGCCAACCCCGAUCUCAGGGACGAGGACGGCAAGACUCCACUAGACAAAGCAAGGGAGAGAGUGGACGAAGGCCAUCGCGAAGUAGCUGCCAUCCUUCAGUCUCCUGGAGAGUGGAUGUUGCCAGUGGACAAGGACAAGAAGCAGGAUCUAGUGGAAACCGAAGAAAGCUGUGAACCCAAGGGUGACCCCGAAAUGUCUCCCCUGUAUCUUAGGCGACUAUUGCCAGUCUUCUGUAGCACAUUUCAGUCCACUAUGCUGGCCAGUGUCAGGAAAGCCAGUCUGAGUCUCAUCAAGAAGAUGGUUCAUUACAUCCAUCCAUCACUACUGGUGGAGGCUUGUAGUCCAGAGUCCUCAACAUACAAUUUGGGCACUAUGCUAGUUGAAGUCAUAGCUACUGUGCUUGACAAUGAGAUCUCUUAUAGUUGGCCGUGUAGUGAGACCAGGCCCGGUUGGGCCCCCAAACUGGGCCAGCUGGCGCUGCGCUGGGACCCGGAGACCAAGUUUAUUGUCGAUAAGACCACGGAUGAUGAAGACGGACAUCUAGUGGUGCUGCAGAUUAUCGAGGAUCUGAUGACCAAGGCCCAAGAUAUAUUUCUUGAUCACUUCGCACGGCUGGGAGUAUUCUCCAAGGUCCUACAACUGGCUGGACCACAGGACUCCUCGACCCUCCAUGACACUCAAUCCAUCUGCAAGAAAGACGAUGUGUUACAGGAGCAGUGUGAGCCGGAAGCACUAUUGGAAGACACCAAGGAGAUGUUACCAGGCAAGGCCUAUCACUGGAGGGAUUGGUGCUUGUGUCGGGGCCGAGACUGUCUGUACGUGUGGUCAGAUGCUGCAGCACUGGAGCUAAGCAAUGGUAGCAAUGGCUGGUUUCGCUUCAUCUUGGAUGGCAAGCUGGCCACAAUGUACUCCUCAGGCAGCCCAGAGGGUGGCACAGAUUCCACAGGGAAGACCAGGAAUUCAGAAACACUUGCUUCAGACGAAAACCGUGGAGAGUUCCUGGACAAGUUGCAGCGUGCUAGGGCCCAGGUAAAGCCCAACUCCCCCAGUCAGCCGAUAUUGUCUCGGGCCGGAGCAACACGCAUUGUGGUUGGAAACUGGGCUCUCUCUUGCCACAAGGAGGGCGAGCUUCAAAUCCACAACUCCGACGGGCAGCAGCAAGCCACAAUUCUGCGGGAAGACUUGCCAGGUUUCAUCUUUGAAUCUAACCGUGGGACUAAACAUUCAUUCACAGCAGAAACAUCUUUGGGCCCAGAGUUUGCAGCUGGCUGGACUGGUAAACGGGGAAAACGCUUGCGUUCUAAAAUUGAAGCAAUGAAACAGAAAGUGAGAGUACAAGCCCAGGAUAUCUACGACAAGUACUUCAAGGCAGCGCAGGCGCAGCCUCGUGGUGUUGUCGCAAAGCUAGGAACCAUUGUAGCUCAGAUAGAAAGGGCCUGUCAGAAACAGUACAUGAGUAAUCGAGAGAACGGGUCAGGUUGGAGGGAGAUACUACAGUGUGCGCUCCACGAACUGACAGGAUUACUGCAGGAGGAGGGGGUAGUGUCAUCGUAUGAGAUACAUAGUUCGGGGCUGGUCCAGGCCCUGCUGUCCGUGGUGGCUACUAGUCCAUGGGAUCAGGCGUCCACACCGACCAAGACCAACAAGCUUCAGAAACAGCGAGUCUCUGUCUUUAGGAAUUGUUUCAAGGAGAAGGCAGGUGAAAAUGAAAAUGUAAACACGGCCAUGAUUCUAGUCCACAAGCUAGUCUCGGUACUGGAGUCCAUAGAGAAGAUGCCAGUUUACCUGUAUGACUCACCAGGUUCCUGUUAUGGUUUGCAGAUACUGACCCGUCGACUAAGGUUCCGGCUGGAGAAGGCCUCCAGUGAGUCGUCACUGAUUGAUCGCACAGGGCGCUCACUCAAAAUGGAACCACUGGCCACGGUGACCCAGCUUGAGCGCUAUCUUCUCAAGAUGGUAGCCAAGCAGUGGUAUGACUACGAGCGCUCUACAUUCACUUUUGUGCGAAGGCUCAAAGAGCCAGGCACCAGGCUUACGUUUCGUCACCAGCAUGACUUCGACGACAAUGGUCUUAUCUACUGGAUUGGAACCAAUGGAAAGACAUGCCCUGAGUGGGUAAACCCUGGCCAGUACGGGCUUGUGGCUGUGAGUUCUUCGGAUGGUCGCAACUUGCCCUACGGACGUCUGGAAGACAUACUUAGUCGAGAUUCCUCAGCACUCAACUGCCACACAAACGAUGACAAGCGUGCGUGGUUCAGUGUGGACCUGGGCCUGUGGUUACUACCUUCUUCUUACACGUUAAGACAUGCACGUGGCUAUGGCCGCUCAGCCUUGCGCAACUGGCUUUUCCAGGUUUCUAAAGAUGGCACAAACUGGACAACACUCUACACACAUGUAGACGACUGUUCACUCAACGAACCAGGCAGCACAGCGUCAUGGCCCUUGGAGCCUGUAACUGAUGAGACCCAGGGGUACCGACACCUACGCAUCCAGCAGACUGGCAAGAAUGCCUCCGGGCAGACACAUUACUUGUCACUAUCAGGGCUGGAGGUCUAUGGCACUGUCACCGGUGUCUGUGAGGAUCUCGGAAAAGCAGCAAAAGAGGCAGAGGCGAACCUGAGGCGGCAGCGGAGACAAAUACGCACACAUGUGUUAAAGCACCUAGUCGUAGGCACAAGAGUGGUGCGUGGGCUUGAUUGGAAGUGGCGAGAUCAGGAUGGUACACCACAGGGAGAGGGCACAGUCACUGGUGAACUGCACAAUGGUUGGAUUGACGUAACGUGGGAUCACGGAGGGUCCAAUUCGUAUCGUAUGGGUGCUGAGGGGAAAUACGAUUUGAAAUUAGCGUCAGACGCAGAGCCGAGUGCCACUGGCGCCAAACCUGCCACCCCGACAGGUAAAUGGUGCAAGAACUUCAACACGAGCAACGAAAGCAAAAGUGGAGGUGGCAGUGUUCUAACCAGCCGGAAAUCGAGCUCCACACCCAGUCUGCCUGAUGCUACGGAAAACCAAAGUCGUAGUUCUGUCGCCAGCACUGACCAGGCAGCGUCUGCUGAUAAUCUGGCUGCUAAGCAAGCUGCACAGGCACUGGCAGAGAGUGUGCUGUCUGUGGCACGUGCCGAGGCCAUUGUGGCUGUUACCAAUGAGAGCCAGUGCUGCUCCACUCCAGCCAAUGAGCUAUCAGUAGUGGUACACACACUGCGAGACUCUCACACCAAUGCCAGUGAUCUGGCCACCAUCGUGGAGACUCUCGCUCUGGAGGAGACCCAGAGGCUAAACACUGGUAAUACUCAAGCCAAUAAUCACAUACAGCGCAGUGAAGACAACAAGCCUACUGCUGCAGAACCUAGCAAGAAUCCUCUUGGCUCCUCCAGUAAACCCCUGUAUAGGGCAAACAAGCUGAUGGGCUCAGAGGAGCAUUCUCUGCUCACAUCAGAGGCUGUGGAAGUUCUAGACAAGAUGAGGGAAGGCGCUGACUUGCUGCGCAACAACACUAACAGCUACUUGUCCGGUGAACUGGUAGCCAACUGUCUGCUAGUCAACAAUACACAAUCAGGCAAGAAGGAGAGAGAGAGGGAAAACAAAGAACAGAAGGAUAAUGCCAGCAGAGGACCAUCAUCAAUGAGUGUUAGUGUACCUAACCUUACAUCGGCCACCAAUUCAACAACAAUGGAGCAGUCCAACCCAGCUGGGCUGUUGGAGACGUUUGCAGCGAUGGCAAGACGACGGACCAGUGGUGGAGGUAGUGGAGGAGGUAACAGUGGUGGCACAGGGGGCAACAAUCCCUCCCCCUCUACCAACACUUCCUCAACCCCCUCUCCUGGCAGUACAUUGUUCCCUAGGGCUCCUAGCAGUGUCACCAGCCUGGUACGACUGGCUCUUUCCUCCAACUUUCCAGGAGGCCUGCUGAGCACAGCGCAGAGCUAUCCUAGCCUGACAUCUGGUGGGCCAACUGGCACCGGUUCCUGCGGUAUACCAACCACAGCCGGCUCGGGACCACAGUGCCUCAGCCAAGCUCUCACCAUGAGUAUGACCUCUACUAGCAGUGAUAGUGAACAAGUCAGCUUGGAGGAUUUCUUGGAGAGUUGUCGAGCUCCAACACUACUUGCUGAGCUCGAGGAUGACGACGAGAUGCCGGAUGAGGACGAGAAUGAUGACGAUGAGAAUGAGGAUGAUGAUGAUUAUGAAGAGGUCAUGGUUAGCAGAAACUUGCUUUCCUUUAUGCAGGAGGAGGAGGGUUACGAGUCACGCAAUGCGGGCGGGGGCAGCAGUGGUGGUGGGGAGAGCGGUGGGGGCAAGCGUCGAUCCUGGGAUGAUGAGUAUGUGUUGAAGCGCCAGUUCUCUGCCCUGAUACCAGCAUUCGACCCACGGCCAGGGCGGACCAAUGUCAACCAGACUACAGACCUGGAGAUACCAGCCCCAGGCGGGGAGGAGGGCAGUAGCUCCACCAGUCUCGCCACCGACCACACACCACAGCCUCGCCUCCAAUUGGUACUACGGGGUCCCAACAUUCCAGGGGUACAAGAUGUAGAGAUUGCAUUGACUGACCCCAACUGGACCAUUUUCCAUGCGGUGCAAGAGCUGAUACAGCUGGCAGACCUCGGCAGUAGACAGGAAAAGUUGCGCCGUAUCUGGGAACCUACCUACACGAUCAUCUACAGGGAGAUGAAGGAAGGUGGGGACGAGGAGGGAGGAGAGUCGACACCUGUGGCCUCACUAAUGUCCCACAGUCAUGCCUGUGCCAGCAGUGUAGUAUCACCUGCUACACCUGUGCCCUCCAUGUCCUGCACUGUCGAGGAUGUGCUGCAACUCUUACGUCACCUGUACGUCAUCACCACCAGCCGUGACAGACACUACCACUAUGAUCUGGAGUGUGUGGAGAGCCAGCUAUCAACAGAAGAGUUCACUAGCAAGAAAAUAACUAACAAGCUGGUGCAGCAGAUACAGGAGCCUCUAGUGCUCAGUUCUGGUGCACUGCCAGCUUGGUGCGAAGAGCUCACUCAUUCCUGUCCCUUCCUAUUCCCGUUUGAGACCAGACAUCUCUAUUUUAGCUGCACAGCGUUCGGCGCUUCCAGAUCGAUAGUGUGGCUGCAAACCCAACGAGAUGUGACGCUGGAGAGACAGAGAGCCCCAGGUCUGUCACCACGCAGGGACGACCCCCAUGAGUUCCGUGUCGGCCGCCUGAAACAUGAGAGAGUCAAAGUGCCAAGGGGAGAUCAGCUGUUGCCCUGGGCCAUGCAAGUCAUGAGGAUACAUGCUGACAGGAAGAGUAUACUGGAGGUGGAGUUCCAAGGGGAGGAAGGGACGGGUCUUGGACCCACACUAGAGUUCUAUGCUUUGGUGGCUGCUGAACUCCAGAGGAAAGACUUGGGUAUGUGGCUGUGUGAUGAUGACAUGGACCCUGCCAAUGCCACCAGCCUAGACCUGGGAGAGGGAGCCAAACCUCCUGGUUACUAUGUGCGCCGUGCGCCAGGACUGUUCCCUGCACCUUUACCACAGGACUCGGCUGCCGCAGAUCGUGCCACACAGCACUACUGGUUCCUAGGGGUGUUUCUCGCCAAGGUGUUGCAGGACAACCGACUGGUGGAUCUACCCCUCAGCCACGCCUUCCUCAAGUUGCUCUGUCAGGGCGAAGUCGUCAACAACAUCAACGAAAGGAUUGGCUUGUUGCCCAGAAGUCGAAGUGUAGUCACAGAAGAGGAUCUCAUGAUGUCAUCAUUAAUUUCUGAAGAAAGUGAGAAGGAAUUGGAACUGGACCCACCCAAAAUAUGCAUAGAGGAGACCAAACCGUGGUUCAGUGGUAUCUUAACAGUAGAGGACCUGUACGAGGUGGACCCGGAGCGUGGACGAUUCCUCCGUGAGCUACGCGAGCUAGUAGCACGCAAACAACGAAUUGUGCAGGAUAACACAUUGUCGCCUGAGACGAAAGCAAGGCAGAUACAGAAUCUCUCACUAGUGUCAAGUGAUGGAAGUCGACUGGAAGAUCUCAUGAUCACGUUCACGUACCUGCCUAGUAGCAAGGUGUAUGGCUUUAACUCUGUGGAUCUGGUCAGCAAUGGCAGUGAUAUUGAGGUGAGAUUGGACAACCUGGAGGAAUAUCUGGAGUUAACAACCAAGUUCAUGUUGGAGACUGGCAUCGCUAGGCAGAUGGAGGCGUUACGCUCAGGCUUCAAUCAUGUAUUCCCCUUGCGCAAGCUACAUGCAUUCACGCCCAGCGAAGUGCGUGUUAUGCUUUGUGGUGAUCAGAACCCUCAGUGGACAAGAGAGGAUCUGCUCAACUACACAGAACCAAAGCUGGGAUACACCAAAGACAGCCCUGGAUUCCUGAGGUUUGUCAAUGUAUUGGUCUGUAUGAAUGGUGAAGAGCGUAAGGCAUUCCUACAGUUCACUACUGGCUGCUCGUCUUUGCCACCUGGUGGACUGGCCAACCUGUACCCGCGACUAACUGUGGUGCGCAAAGUAGACGCAGGUCAGGGCAGCUACCCUUCCGUCAACACUUGCGUCCACUACCUCAAGCUGCCUGACUAUCCGACUGAGCAGUUACUACGAGAUAGACUUCUCACCGCCACCCGCGAAAAGGGAUUCCACCUUAACUAAAUUAUUUGUCUAUAGAAAAAAUCAAAUUGUAUAUUUUGUUUUUCGUACGGAUUAUAUUAUUUUGGUUAUUGAUAAAACUCGUAUCACUUAACACAAGGGGAAAUAUUACCGUUAUUUUCUCCAUCAAUCAAUUUUGGUGUAAGGUUCUUUUAUUUCUGUGGAUUGUUAAGUAUAAUUGAGAAGUUCCUGUUGUAAUUUGAUUCCCUUAUUUCAAUAGUCGACACAGAAUUAGUUGAUUUAAUUUUCUUAUUAGUGUUUGACUUUUGUACAAACAUAUUUUUAAAUAAAACACAAGUAAGUUUGAUAGCCCGCUUUAUGAAUGUCAGCUGUUUUGUUUAGCGUCCUGUCAUUUAUUGCCCACUACGCUUUCAGUUAUUUUUCAUACGAUUUCUUUAUCUUUGUGCCUUAACCCUGCACUCGCGUUAUGUUGGCAUAUUUUCACAAAUUCUAUGUAUAUAAAUUGUCUCGUAUAAGAUUAGGUGUAAGCUCCACUACCCCGACUCGGGUAGUGUUAUAUGUAGUAGGCCUAGUAACAAAUGUUAGCUUAAAUUGUCACGUCUAUUUUCUAUGUGAUGAGAGGCAACCGUUUGUUGUGCGUCGAAGAAAUGUGAUCUACUUAAUAAUAAAUCCUAUAUUUCAAUUUUAAGUAUUUAGUCUUAUCUAUAAGAAAGGAUUAUAAAAUGAAUAAAGGUAUUGAAAAUA